GACCGCCUUUCCAGCAAAGACCGCCUUCCCGCACCACCGUACUGUGUCAUCAGUGAUCCUAUCGCAGCAUUACGCGCCGCGUAAACGUUUGUAGCGAUGCAAAGAGUGUUAUACAGGCUGUGGUAUGUGUUGCUGCUUGAAUCGAACCUUUGCGUGGCCCACAAGUCCAAAUCCUGUUGUGUUCAAUCGUGCAUUUACGACUGACGAUUGUCUGAAAACGUUGAAAGCACUUUUAAAAAUGAGCACCGUAAGUAGCAGUGAUGACAAGCGUAUGCCAGAGACGACUGUGUCGAUACAGACUGUGGUGCAAAACUUGACUACAAUGCAGAACGUGCAGAAUGUGCAAAGUGUGCAAAGUGUACAGAACGUACAGAGUGUAGUUCAUAGUAAUAUACAGAAUAUUCAACCGACUCAGACUAUUGUUGGAUCGGUAGGAAUUGGCAAUUUAGUAGGCAAAUCAGUGUCCCUGGAUAUGAAUCCGAAGUUGUCCUUAAUGAAGCCUGUGGUACCUUCUGGUGCUAUUUCAUCUACAGAAACCAGUAAAAUAACAACAACGGUAAUUCUUUUUUUAAUUAGGACUACACCGAUCUCUAAUCCCCAAUGGCAACCCAAGACGUCAGUUGCAAUAUAUGCACAAUCACCAAGGCAUCCCACGCCUCCUAUUAGCAGAAUCUCGAGGCCACAAUCUGUAUAUGCGGGACAACAGCAGCGAUUAAUUACGCCAAACAAUCAAGGAAGAUCUCUUCAAGCUAGCAUGGUCACUGGUAGUUCGUCUAGGUUAAUAACGCCAAUUUUACCAACAAACAGUAAUAUUACGAGACUUCCAGUUGCCCAAAACAGACCAUCAACGUCGCAAGUAGUAACUGUAUCACAGACGACCCAAGCAAGCAGAUCAUCAACACAAUCCAUUCAACCUAUUCAGUCCAGCAGACUUCUGAGUACAACAGGUACUACAAAACGUAUAACCGUUCCAACACCCAUCGUGGAGACAGCGAAUAGAAUAAGCAGUACGGCUUCGGUUACUCUCGGUUCAGUAGAAUCAACAGUAGGUCGACAAUUGUCAAUUAACACAGUGGCUGUACCGUCCACCGUUGGCCAUAUUGUUAUUCCUUCACAAGUUCAACAGCAACAACAAGGUGCGCCACGGGUUGUUCAAACAGUCACAUCUCUAUCGAAUCUUACUACUGUGUCCCAAAUAAUUACAACUGCAAAUACACAUUCAAAUACAAUGCGUAUAUUGCAAACGGCUCCAACUACGGUUGCAAAAAUCACAGGAAUGUCCUUGCAUCCAUUGCCCAUUUCUCUACCAGUGAGGGCUGCAUCAGCACCGAUCAAGACUGCUCCUGUACAGGCUCAAAAUAUUGGACAAACCGUUCAGAUCAAACCAGCGCAACAAGCUAAUUUGCGUAUGUCAUCUACCAACAGCAGCACGACCACAAGUUCCGCUCAGCCGGUUCAAGGACAAUACAUACAUCCACCGCAUACUACUACUUACCUUUCUUUUGAGACCAGUGGAACAUAUUCACAAUUUCGUCAAGCCGCAGUACAACCAGUAAGAUUAGUUGUUGAACCAGGAUAUGAGGAACCUCAUAGUAAACCUAAUGCAUCUCCUAGACCAAGCAUCUUGAGAAAAAGAGAUCAUGACAAUUCACCAAUUAAAGGUGCAGCUAAAAAUUUAGUUCCUGUACUAGCGGCUUUACCAUCAAGUAGAGCAAUGUCCAGUCCGCCAUGUUCGCCAAAAGGAGAUCAGGACGGCGGUGGAUGUCAAAGUUCUGGAUCUACAACCGUGUCUGCUACGUCUUCGCCAGGUCUUGAUGAGGAACCUGAGCAAUCUAGAAUUACUAUUAAUCCCACUAUAGAAAUGUCACCAAGGAAGAAGCCUCGUAAGCAACAACUUACAGGUGUAGAAUUAACUGAACCUAGAUGUACGGAAGAAGAGAUGCAAUUUCUCACAGAUGAAAAAAUAAAGAAAGAAGGCAAAGAGGAAUCAAAAGAAAAAUUGUCCGAUAAGAGACAAAUCUCCAAUGUACAAAGUGAUAUCAAAUCAUCUACUCAGCAAACAGAAAUCACAAUACGGACACGACCUGUGCCAAGUUUAUUAGGCUCUUGGAAAAAUAAAUGGACAGUUAGAUUACAUCAUUACAGAAGACCCAGCGAUGUCCGACCGCGUGAAGAAAGAAGACCAACGGUUGCUGAAUUGGCGCAACAGAAACAUGUAUUACAAAAACUGAAUGGAUGGAAAAUCUAUCAUCUAACUACGCAAAUGGAAGAUAUUGCAGAACUUGAGAAACAGGUUCACGAAAAAUUAAAGACAACUCUAAUGUUACUGGAAUCGCAGCAAACUGGAAAAAAUAGACAUAAUGAUGGACUCGAACGUGUGAAUGAAUUAAUCAAGGGCAACAUGCAACGCAGUAAUUUGAUCAGCGAAGGCAUGAUCGAAGCGCGUACACAGCUCGUUGCUAUAUUUCAACACAAAGAUCCUAUUACUGAUCUUUUACAACGCUGUGGUAACAAAAGAGCUCAGAAAAAGAGAGAAAAAUGAGCUAUCAUGCUGAAUGAAUGCGAGUAGAAUCUUUAUAAAUGAACUUCUUUGAAGAAAGGUUCGCUAAAGGGAACUAUUUUUAUUCUGUGUCACAGAUUCUAUAUAUAUAUAGGAAUAAAUAAAUGGUUUUAUAAGUCUAAAAGACAUGACUAUGUCACUAUAUAGAACGAUAUGUUUAUAAUUUUAUUAUAUGAAUCUAUAAUGUUUUUAUUUUAAUAUAAUACUUCUUAUACUCCUUUAGACAAAUGU